CGUAGCGACAAAGAACCCAGUCUUUAGUUACGAAACUAUUCAACACAUAUCCGAAAUAUGGCAUUCAAGUUUGUAUUCGCACUCGCUUUCGUCGCUGUUGCCAGCGCUGGAUACGCACCCAUUGCGCCGGUUUACCACGCAGCACCAGCCUCUGUUGCAUACCAUGCCGCACCUGUUGCCGUCGCUCAAAAGGUUGUGGUCAAAUCGGAGGAAUACGAUCCUCAUCCACAAUACAAAUUCUCGUAUGGCGUUGACGACAAACUGACUGGUGAUUCCAAGAGCCAAGUGGAGGAACGUGAUGGUGAUGUAGUUCGUGGUGAAUACUCGCUCAUCGAUGCUGAUGGAUACAAACGUACCGUCCAAUAUACUUCGGAUUCAGUGAAUGGUUUCAAUGCUGUCGUAAAUCGUGAACCACUUGUGAAGGCUGUUGCUGUCGCUCCAGUUGUAAAAACUGUGGCCCCAGUUGCUCACUAUGCCGCUCCAGUUGCUCACUACGCCGCUCCAGUUGUUCACCAUGCCGCUCCAGCUGUGGUGAAGACUGUUGCCCCAGUUGCUCACUAUGCCGCUCCUGUAGCUCACUACAGUGCUCCAGUUGCUCAUUACUCUGCUCCAGCCGCACAUUACACAUCGUAUGCCGCACCAGCCGUAUUAAAGUACCACCAUUAAAAACUAGAAC